CCUUCACGCUUCCUCCGUCCUUCUCCUCGCUCCUCCGGCGGCUCCUUCCUCCGACUCGUGCGCAGCGGAUCAUCCUCAUCAUGGGCUUCGGUGACCUGAAAUCAGCCUCCGGCCUCAAAGUGCUCAACGACUUCCUGUCGACCCGCAGCUACAUCGAGGGGUACGUCCCCUCCCAGGCCGAUGUGGCGGUCUUCGACGCGAUCUCAGCCGCCCCCUCUGCAGACCUGUGCCACGCUCUCCGCUGGUACAACCACAUCAAGUCAUACCAGAGCCAGAAGAACAGUCUUCCAGGUGUGAAGAAGCCCCUAGGUCAGUACGGCCCUGCAGGUGUGGCAGACACCACCUCAGGCCCCACCCCCACCUCAAAGGAAGACAAUGACGAUGAAGACGACGACAUUGACUUGUUUGGCUCCGAUGAUGAGGAAGAUGCUGAGGCUGCCAGGCUAAAGGAGGAGCGUCUGGCAGAGUACGCUGCCAAGAAGGCCAAGAAGCCCACCCUCAUCGCCAAAUCUUCAAUUCUAUUAGACGUCAAACCGUGGGAUGAUGAGACAGACAUGGCCAAGCUGGAGGAGUGUGUGCGCAGCAUUCAGAUGGAUGGGCUGGUCUGGGGACAGUCUAAACUGGUUCCAGUUGGUUACGGCAUAAAGAAGUUGCAGAUCGGCUGUGUGGUUGAAGAUGACAAGGUGGGCACAGACAUCCUGGAGGAAAAGAUCACAGCCUUCGAGGACUUUGUUCAGUCGAUGGACGUUGCGGCUUUCAACAAGAUCUGAAUCCAACAAACAUGACAUUUUUAAUAAAGCACUUGAAAGGGAAAAAAAAA